AUGAACAAAUGUAAGUUGAAAAAAAAAGAUUUUCAGGUUCAAAAAUACAUUUUUCAGUGAUAAUCGCAGUUUUGAUUUUGUCGCUCGCCGUUAUUUCAUCAGCAUCAAAUCUUCCAAUCGUUUUCCAAUAUCCAACUUGUCCAGCUGUUUCAUCCUAUUCAAAUAUCACAGAAGUUCCAAAGCUUCUUCCUGCUUCCACAGAAUUCCCACAAGAACAAGAACAAGAAGAAGAUCAAGAAAUUCACAGCAAAUCGCUUUACAUUGCCAAAUUCAUUGCUCAAUUAAUCGUUUUGCUCAUCGCUGUUAAUAUUGUAACAAUCGAAUUUGAUGAGGAAUUUGAAUUGCAUCGUGCACAAGAAGUUCGGUUAAUUCCAUUGAAUGCGAAGCCAAUGCAAGUAUCUUAUGAACGAUUGGAAAGAUCGACUGAAUGUUGA